AAUUCAGAUUUAUUCAAGUUUUUGCCAUUUAAACAGUGUAUUGGAUAUAAAACAUGAAUCCAUUAAUCUCUCUCUCUCUUAAUCGCAAUAUAUAUUUUGAUGAAUCCCCUUAUGCUGCUUGGAUUAAUUGUGUUGAACAAUAAGGUUUAUAAAGGUUAACAAAUUAAGUACAUUUGUGUUUUGUUGCUUUUAAUCAACGCUGAGGAUUAUACAUGAAGAAGGUUCUUUUAUUUUGUAGCAAUGCCCGGAUUGACGGAUGGUUUGUUGCAGCUUGUUUGCAUGAGAUUUCAUAUCACCCGAUGCUUAUUGUUCAUAUAUACUUACGACCUAUAAAAAUAAUAAUAAUAAUAUUUUUUUUACAAUAGCAAUUUUUGCGUUUACAUCUAUAAAAACCCUACAUUCUAGUUUAAAAUCAAGUAUAACAUUUCAUAAAAUUGUAAAAAUUACUUGUAUGUAUAUGGGACCCCCUAGUAAUAUUAAUAGUUGUAUAAUAUAAUAAUAUUUUCUUUUCUAUUUGUAAUCAUUACGCCAUGACGUGAAACAUGUUCCUGUGACGCGAUGAUGUCAUGCGGCCUGGGAUAGAGAGAAGGAAGCAGAAAAAACAACAACAAGCCUGUCGGGUCAGUGACAGACAGAAGCCGUCUAGACCAGUAGUCAAAGAUCAGUCUAAUAUCACUCCCUGCUGUCGUCCCGAGGGCAAGAUGUCUUUGUUUGGGAAGUUGUUUGGUAGCAGUGGAAAAGGGGGCAAGUCUCCAAGCCCCCAAGAGGCUAUCCAGCGACUGCGAGAAACUGAAGAAAUGUUGAGCAAGAAACAAGAAUUCCUGGAGAAGAAGAUCGAUCAGGAGCUUGUGACGGCCAAGAGAAACGGCACGAAGAACAAGAGAGCUGCAUUGCAGGCACUGAAGCGUAAGAAGCGCUACGAGAAGCAGUUAGCUCAGAUUGAUGGCACUCUUUCUACCAUCGAGUUCCAGCGGGAGGCACUAGAGAACGCUCACACCAACACCGAGGUCAUCAAGAAUAUGGGCUUUGCUGCUAAGGCCAUGAAAGCUGCUCAUGACAACAUGGACAUCGACAAAGUGGACGACCUCAUGCAGGACAUCACAGAACAGCAGGAGCUGGCGCAAGAAAUUUCAGACGCAAUCUCAAAGCCUGUCGGGUUUGGGGAGGAAUUUGAUGAGGAUGAGCUGUUAGCUGAACUAGAGGAGCUGGAGCAGGAAGAGUUGGAUAAGAACCUCCUGGAGAUCGGAGACAAUGUACCACUGCCAAACACACACACCAGAAAGCAGUUCUUGAAUGUCUUUGUAAAUGCAGCAAAGAAGAAAGAAGAAGAGGAUGAGGAUGACAUGAAAGACCUGGAGGCGUGGGCUGCCAAUUAAUGCUCCCCAAAACCCAUACACACUACACAAGGCAUAAACCUCACUCCGAUACCUGUUACUAAAAGACCUGGAAGGACUCUUCAGUAUGUUACAGUAUGACGUCUUUGUGUCUAAAAUAGGUUCAUAUUUAAACACACACAAGAAAAAAAAAAAAAAGACAAAUCUCUGCCAGGCUUCCAGUCAACACACUCAUCUAAGCAAGUCUGAGAUCUCUGGACGGUCCAGACACUACAAAAGGCUUGUUGUAGAUCAGUGUUUGUGUGUUCGGCACUCCAUAACCUGUAAAAGUAGUCAUAUACUCUCAAGCUUCCAUCACAAGGAAUCCUCCGCUUGAUCUGAGAAACCAGUACUCACGGAAACCCUCUGCACACAGGGGAAAGUGUCUGUAACGAUGUUUUUGGAGGGAACAUGUGGUAUAUUAAGAGUUCAUUCAUUCGCAAGUUCUGUUAAAAGCACUGUAAGCCCUGUUUGAUUCUGUGCAUCGAGCGUUUCCGUGCAGGUGCUUCCCACGUCCAAUAUCCGCAGCGCCCACAGGACGUCCUAGAUCAGCACUUAGGCAUGUUCAAGCCUUGCUCUCCAUUUCGGGACUGAGGUGGGCAUGAAAGUUUGAGUGCUGCUGCAACUGUAAGGCUUUUACUGUACACAGCACCUCUCUUUAAUGGCAUUAUGGUUUACGGUUUCCUGACAGCAUGGGAUUCCUAUUUGGAAUAGGUCUCUUCACAUGAGAAACAUGUACUGUAUUUGAGAUAUUGAUUCUGAGAUAUCUUUUCACUAGAAGUGGUUUCUUGAACCUGAGUGUUGUAUUAGGGGGAAAAACGACAAGGUUUGUUGUAGAUUUCAGAUUGUUGUCUUAUAUUUGAGGUGUGAAUGCAUUCAAACAGAUUUGUACAGACAGGACAUACUGCACAGAUUAUUGUAAUAUCAUGCUUUAUUUUAUAGAGUGCACUAUUAUGAUGUUCUGGCACAGUGGUUUUAUUCAUUUUCCACUCCUGAGAGUCUAUAAAACAUUUGAGUAUUGAAUAUUGAGAGGUGAGAGAAGCACUAAACUCUAACUGUUUAUUUAUCAGACUCGGAAAGUUUCCUUCACGUUGUUUAUUGUUUGACAUUCUUCAUUUAUGUUGUCCUUCUUUGCGUUUUAACCUUACACCUACAUUAAAGUUUUGCCAAAUUAACAACUCUCCAGAUUGUUAUUUGCGCGAUAGAUAUUCCUUCCAUUGUUUGCCUAAUAUUUCUUUCUUUAUGCACUUCACAGCAUCAGUGCUCACCUUGAAAAUGUGUUUUUGUCUAUUGAAUAUUGAAUAUGAAUUUGUAAAAACAGUGUCAAGGUAGGAGAAUAUACCCACUGGUCCAUUACAAGCAUACAGUCAGUAAUCCUUCAGAGACACCAAUGGAAUAUGUUAUGGUGCUUUUCUGUUUCUUUCUUGCAGUGGAAAGAAAAUUAAGGCUUUGAAGCAACAUGCUGUCUGUAAUAAUGUACAGGAUGCGGAAGACGAAGUUUUAAUACAUUUGUAUGUUUUCAUUAUCUUGUAGGUGCUGGAUUUAUCAUAGUUAUAUCAUUAUGGUUAUAAUCUCACUUAUUAUUGUUAUUAAAACAUUUUGACUGAG